CCAAUCACAGUUCGAUUUUGAUGAGAAACCGCACUAGUCAACAUUAAGUAGCGCCCGACGUUGAACGACCAAGCAAAGGCCAGAUGGUUGUUCUAUAUUUUCCUGUUUUUUUAGUCCAGUUUUGAUAAACGUUUACGCGAAUUUUUUCAAGUAUCAUCUAUUUCGAUAACAUGGCACCAACAAUUCAAACUAAUGGGAGUACAUCUGAAAGAGACAAACGAACAACAAGACCAGCAGAAAAAAGAUCUGAAUUAAUAUGCAGAGUUAAAUAUUGUAAUACGCUUCCUGAUAUUCCAUUUGAUCCUAAGUUUAUCACAUAUCCAUUUGAAUCAACUCGAUUUAUACGGUAUAAUCCCACAUCAUUGGAACGUAACUACAAAUAUGAAGUUUUGACAGAACAUGAUCUAGGCGUUGAAAUAGAUCUUAUAAAUAAAGAUACCUAUGCUGGAGAUGUUAAUGGUCAGUUAGAACCUGCUGAUGAAAAACUUCUUGAAGAAGAUGUUCUUACACCACAAGAUUCAAAAAGAUCUAGACAUCAUGCCAGAAGUGUUUCUUGGCUUAGACGUACUGAAUAUAUUUCAACAGAACAAACUAGAUUUCAACCACAAACAGUUGAUAAAGUUGAAGCUAAAGUUGGUUAUAGUAUUAAGAAGAAUUUCAAGGAGGAGACAUUAUAUAUGGACAGAGAAAGUCAAAUAAAAGCAAUUGAAAAAACAUUUGAGGACAAUAAGAAAUCAAUUGAUAAACAUUAUAGCAAACCAAAUGUUGUACCUGUUGAAAUUUUACCUGUAUAUCCUGAUUUCAAGUUAUGGAAAUACCCUUGUGCUCAAGUAAUAUUUGAUUCAGAUCCUGCACCAACAGGACGUUCUGUCCCUGCUCAAAUAGAAGAGAUGUCUCAAGCAAUGAUUCGGGGUGUCAUGGAUGAGAGUGGUGAACAAUUUGUAGCAUAUUUCUUACCUUUAGAAGAAACGUUAGAAAAGCGAAGGAGAGAUUUUACCGCUGGCAUUGACUAUGCAGAUGAAGAAGAAUAUGAAUAUAAGAUGGCUAGAGAGUAUAAUUGGAAUGUUAAAAGCAAAGCAUCUAAAGGAUAUGAAGAAAAUUAUUUCCUCGUUAUACGACAAGAUGGGGUGUACUAUAAUGAAUUGGAAACUCGUGUACGGCUAAGUAAACGCAGACAGAAAGCUGGCCAACAACCAAAUAAUACACGAUUAAUUGUGCGUCACCGACCAUUAAAUGCCAAUGAAUUUAAAAUGCAAAGAUACAGGGAAAAACAAUUAGAACCUCCAGGAGAAGAAGACGAAGAUGAAGAAGAGGAAGAGGAGGAAGAGGAAGAAGAAAUGCAGCAAGAAACUGAAAAAGCAGAAGAGAAAGCUGACUCCGAAAAUGAGAGUGGUUCGCGCGCAUCAUCCAGAGCAUCUUCUCGUGUUUCCAGUAAAAGAUCUCAUACGCAUUCUCCAUCUCCCUCUAAAUCUGGUUCAAGAUCCAAGUCACGUUCACGUUCCCGCUCUACAUCAAAGUCUUCAUCUCGUUCUCGUUCUAGAUCGCGAUCGGAAUCACGCUCCCCAUCUAAAUCACGUAGCAGAUCAAAAUCAAGAUCUGAAUCACCUCAAUCGAGAAAUUCUUCUCGGUCAAGGUCUCGAUCCAAAUCAAAAUCAGCAUCGAGAUCUCGAUCCAAAUCAAAAUCGGCAUCGAGAUCUCGAUCCAAAUCAAAAUCAGCAUCGAGAUCUCGAUCUGGUUCUCCUGCUAAAUCACGAUCAAGAUCACGAUCAAGGUCUAAGUCCAGAUCGAGGUCACGAUCUCAUUCAAAAUCAAGGUCUGCAAGUGGAAGUGGUAGUGUUUCUGGUAGUGGUAGUGCUGCAAGUGGUUCUGAAAGUGAAUAAGUAAAUAUUAUGAAAUAUAUAAACAGUGGUUCCUAUGCCUGUAUCAGUAUUUUUAUUUACACUUGUGAAAUCUCAUUCAAUGGUUUUCAGAAUUCACUAUUUACAGCAGUACAUCAAAAAGUAAGUGUAAAAAGUUUUAUAAAAUGAUUUUGUCGAAACAUUUAACUUUCAACACAUUUCCAAAUACAUUUAAAGUUGCAGAUUUUGUACACGAUUUACUAUAAAUCAUAUGAAAAGUAUUGAUAAUGUAGUUAUACAUUUUUGAAAGGACAUUGUAUCUAAGAAGUUCGAGAAUUUGAUUGUCAUAAAAAUCAAUUUAUUGUUUCUGUGUAUGUAAGAUAUCAUAUAACUUUAUUAUUUUUCAUAUUUUUCUUUUUCUCAAAACCAGAAUACAUGAUCACGUGAUUUACAUCACUGUUGAUAAUGGCGAACAAAGGAAAAGAAGAAAUGAUAAUCAUAAUAUUCGCAAGGGAAAAUUUUCAACGCAAAAAUUGUCAAAUAUUCAGUGACAAUAUGUGUGUAAAGUAAAAAAAUACGUAGGAUGAUUUAUACAUGCAUGUCAAUACUUCAAGGGGUCACUCUACAUACUGAUAUAAGUAAAAAACGUCAUAUGAACAUAUGUUCUAUAUAUCUUAUAAUUAUUUUUAAAGUUAUGGAUGAUUAAAGAAAAUGUUUAACCUACAAGAAAUUUUGGAGAACAAUUUUUCGAGAUCUUUUGCUUCGAUUAAUAAAGAAAGAUAUGCAAACCAGAAAUUCAAAAUAUUCGGAAAUUGGGUGCAAGUAUAGUACGUCAUUCAUAAUACAAGCUUAUUUUUAUUUCAUCUCAUAUUUCAGUUUUAAGGGAUGAAAUCACAUCUUGAAAAAAAUUUUCUUUUUUAUGAAAUAUCUUAAAAACAGUAAAAGAUAUAUCACAAAAAAUUUAAACAAUUGUUGCAUCGUUUCAUUAUGUUUACUUAACUGCGUAAAAAAGGUUGUUGAAAAAUC